GAGUGAGGUCCCGGAGCCGCCCUCUGACGGCCGGAGGUCCAUGUGUUGACGCCAUGGCGAUCAGCCUGAACGAGUUCAGCAUUCGGUACCCGGAGUUCCCCAAGUACAUCUGGGACUCGCCGACGCCGUACUCCGACACGAUGCGGAGCAAGAAGGAUCGGAGAAAUCCUGAGCAUACCAAACGACCCCUGAAUGCAUUCAUGCUAUUCGCCAAGAUCCAGCGCGAAAGCAUCACGGCCAACUUCAGUUGCAACCACUCUGAGAUCUCCAAGGCGCUGGGCCGGCUGUGGCAGGAGCUGAGCAAGGAGGAGAAAGAGCCGUUUAUGCGCGGCGCCAAGACGCUGGUCGAGCUGCACCGGCUCGAGUACCCCGACUACAAGUACCGGCCGCGCAAGAAGGGCCAGCCCAAGGAGGCGGCCAGGCCGUCGGUCGCCAGGAAGACGGCCUGCCGUCGGGAGCGCCAGCUGGCCAGCUCGCCGGAGCCGGUGGUCGGCAGCGUCGGACGGCCGGCCAGUCCGCUGGAGCAACUGUACCUGGGCGGCGGCGGCAGCCCGGCACCGCUCGGCGCGCCCGACAGCCCGCUGUCCUCCUGCUACGGCGCCGGCUCGCUGGGCCAGGCCAGCCCUGCCAGCGGCCUGCACACGCCCUACAGUCCGGUGCCGUCCGUCGGCUCCUCCAGCGGCUACGAGUCGGAGCUGUCGUACCGGACGGCGCCCGAGCUGCCCGCCAUGCUCGAGGAGCCGUUCUACGCCCUGUCGCCGCCCGACUGUUUCUCGCCCGAGCCCGAGCCGGAGAUGAGGUUCGACCUGAGUGACCUGGAGGUCACACCGCUCGACGAGACGACGCUGCUCAACCCGCUGGCCAUGUUCCCCGUGCUGGACCUGACCAGCGACGACCUGGACGACCUGCGGUUCGGACUGUAGGCGGGCAGCGGCCGGCCGGCCGGGACGAGCGGGUGUGCGCGGGCGCGGGCGAGCGCGACCGGACAGCUGUGAGAGCCCAUGACCGCGUGGGCGUUUGAAGCGCAGAGUUAUGCGGAUGUCAGUCGUCGGAUGCAAGCUAGGCCGGGUCGUGUGCUCCACCCCCGGCGCUCACUCGCCGUCGCGUCAACCUCACACGCAUUGCAUCACAUGGCGCUGCGCCAGUCAUCCAUGCCUUUUUACCAGAGCGUCCGGCGCUUCACAAUCGCGGCCGCGCCGCGCAGGGACGCCCCGAUUGGGCGGCUCGUGUGGGCGCGUGACGUCAGACAUGUGGCGAGGGGUGAGUCCGGUCGCCACCAGUACUCCUAGUCGUGCAGUGUGCCUGCGUGAGCGGUGAUAAGAGAUGUUCUGGGGCGGAUGCGUGUCCGCGGUGGGGCUGUCGUAGCGGCCCAACGAGUGUGUUGCCCGCCCGGUGAUGUUUGUUUUCCAAAUGAUCUCAUGUAAGAAACAACGCACAUACUUUGCAGGCGUUGCGGUUCGUUGUGGGUGAUUGUUCUGCUGUAACGAUUGGUGGGCGAGUACGCUAUAGCGCUUCACCAUCACUGCGGCGCCUCAGCGGCGCCAACCGUCGAGGCGCCGGGCACGGAGGGCGUGGGCCGAGCGUCCCCCCUGCAGACGGCACAGGCCGGGCUUCACCCUCGUGGCAUGGUUUCGCUCUUCGCAUUCGGCACCGUCGUCACCUUCGUAAGGUCGCGUGCGUGGUCAGACGGGACGUAGGGCGCGCAUGCUAGGAACUUCUGCAUCGGAACUCGGACUGUCGCUCGUUGUCUUAGGUCGAUCCAGCCUGUCGGACUUGUGUACAGCUUGUCGGGGUUGCGACAGCUCGUGUAAGUUUCGGCUGGUUGUUGUGGGUAGGUUGCUGGCGCGACGGUCCUUUUGCGCCCGGCUGCCAGGUAUUGCGAGAUUUGCGCAGAUGUGCGCAGCGAUGGAGCCUCGGCAGGUUGCUGGCGCGACGGUCUUUUUGCGCCCGGCUGCCAGGUAUUGCGGGAUUUGCGCAGAUGUGCGCAGCGAUGGAGCCUUGGCAUCCAUUUGUUAGCGUGCCGCCCUCCGCGCGUCGCGGCAUCUGAAGACGGCAAUGGCCUUUGUGCGAUCUCUACCUCCAGCUGGCGCGGCCACUUGAAGUGCGUGGGCUACGGCGCAUGUGUGACGUUGAUAAGACUGUUGACUUGGUUUACAUACUUGCUGGUAGCUCUGAUCACAGACCAAGGUUACCAAGGGUUACGUUUGUCUUAGGGUCUGAAUAUUCACCUGCUUCAAACCCAAAUUUGCAGAGUUUUACGCAAUGUCUUUAACAACUCACAUUGCUGAUCGCAAAAUUGCUUGCCGAGCCUCACAUGUCCCGUUCCUGCCCGAACGUCUGCAUUGUUUGCACCUACCCAUUUGAAGCCGAGCUGACACCCGGCCGGUUGAAUAUUUCGUCAGCGCAAACGCAGCGCGUGCUUUCGCAGCUGCAAUACUUGGUGACAGUUGGCAACAACACUGGUUUAUUCGGCAACGAGAGGCAUGAUAUCGCCUGUACACACCUGGCAUGGUUAUUUUAUCAGCUCUUUGAUCUCCCAUUACGAUUGAACAAGGGAAUCUCUUGUUCAUGAAACACGCUGUAAUUGCAUUGCAAUGUGCAGGGUUCUGCUACACUGGUGGAUGAUUGUUGCGUUUGCUUAAUGUUCUUGAACAAUAUUUGCUUCACGUUUGUUUGUUCGUUUUUUUUUAGUUUAUGAGGACUCAUGCACCAUAUGUGUUGAAAUAAGUACGCGUGGGUCGCCGCAUCAUAUACCUCGACUGGUAGUUUAGGCGUGCUCGGAAUAACGCGUGUCAGUAAGCUGUAUUGUGGUCGAGAAUGACCUUGCAUCUAGUCCGAUUUUGUAAUUUUGUAUGGCGUGCGCGUUCGAAGCUAUAUUGACCGUUCUGAAUACAUCACGCAGACACCAUACGCUAUCGUUUUGUAAGUGGAGUCGGCAGACAAGAGACGAGCAUCGCAAGGAAGUGACACGGAAAUGCAAAUAAUGAGGCCCUUGGCCCCCGACUU